CUCUCGGGGGGAGCCCGAGCGCUCCGUCCCAGAAAGUUGCCGCGGCUGCCCAUGCGGCCGCCUGCCCGGCGCGGCGCCUGCCCGGGAGCGGCUUCGGGGCUGGGCGUCGCGCUCUUGCUGCUGGCGGCGGCGGCGCCGAGUUGCUUCGGGCAGGGGCUCGGGGAGGGGCGGCCCCGGCGGGAGCCCCGUGGCCGGCCGGGCCGCGGCCUAGUCCGCCCGCUUCCCCCCUUCCUCGGAGCAAACUUUUCCCCGGCUCUCGGCACCGAGCGGGUGGCUCAAGAUGUGUUUAGGAUUCAAACAUCGAGGAAGUGUUUCAGCACAACAGCUGUCAAAAUGCCAGAGAUCCAGGGACAAAACGAAGACCACAAACUACUUUUAACUUCUGCUGGACCAGAUAUUCACAGCAACCAUUCCUCCUUUGCUUCGGUAUCCUUCUGGACAAAAAAGUUCAAACGACAAGUUUCUGUUAACCAUCAAACGCGUCAAGAUGUGUCAAGAAUUGCGGUGUCUUCUGCACAUGGAAUCAUUUUUCAGAAAUGCGCAGUGGUUGGUACUGACCAUGAACCUGAAAGAGCAUAUGUGAAACUCCUGAUUAACAACACCAGCGCACCACAUGCAUUAAAUGUCACAGAUCUUGUUUUACUGGAUAAUAUCACAGGUCUCCAUGUUCAAGGAACGAAGGGUAAUCAGACAGCAGAUGGCUUCCAGACAUUCCGGAUACAGUUUUUGCAUGUUGGGGACCAUUAUUUACUGGAGUAUAUUGCCAUUGUUAAUGCAAAGGAAUCGGGGAAUGCUGGAGUAUUGAUUCUGCCUGCUAAACUGACCUUCCGCUCACCACUGAACAAUUCUGAGUUUGAUUCGCUGACAGCAUCGUUGAGAAUAAUAGGAGAAAAAAAGACAAAGAUUUUGUUGAGUCACAGCACACAUGGUAUGGGAUUCUUUGCUGCUUUUAUAAUUUCUUUUGUACUAACAAGUGUGAUGUUGUGGACUGCUUACAAAACUCGGCGAAUUCUCAGGGAGCGCCAGGAGGCAGAACAAGACCCUAACACAGAGUACAAGAAGGAACAUUCCUAUUUUAAGUCAGGUGGUACCAACCAUGAGGACAUCUUGUUGAACGACCACAUUAUUGACAUCUUGUUUUUUGAAGAACCGGAGAACAUGCUUCAGUCUCUAGAAGACUUUGAAAUAGCAAACUUGACCCACGCAGACAGAGAUUUAGAAGCCCGUCGAAUGCAGAUUUCCCAAGAAGUGAUUGCUCUGUUAAUGAAGAACACGAUUGCAACUUAUGGGCUCUCUCCUCAUGUGGAGAAAAGGGUGAAUUCAGCUUUCAGAAAGCAGUUUCUCACGAUGGAGGUGGAGAUUCAAGAAGAGUAUAAAAGGAAGAUGGUGGCAUUGACGGCAGAGUGUAGCUUGGAGAACAGGAAGGCUGCCGAGUCGCAGCACCACAGAGAGAAAGGAAGGAGCAGAGAGGCCGAGGAACUGGUUAAGAAGGCCAGUGAAAAGUCAGCGGCAGAAUGCCGAGCCCUUAUGGAAAAACUGCACCGAUUGGAACAGCUCCACGGCAAGAGGUUUCUUCUGGUGAAGCAAGAUGAGUACUUUGCCGUGACUUACAGAGAACUGGCUUUUUCUGAAAGGAACGAGAUCCAUAAAAUCUUUUUCACUCAGAUGAGAAAUAUGAUUUGUAAAGGAGAACUGAAAUUAGAAGCAGCCAAAUCUCUCGCUGAGAAUUACUCUAAAAUGCAGGAAGACGUUGAGGAGCGGAUGGAUUUUUUGCAAGCUCAUAAGAAGUACCAUCUGAGUAAAAGAUUUGCUCACAGAGAAUACCUCAUUCAAUUGAUUCAGUUAUUGGAUCCCCAGAUGCCUUCCCUGUGGGACAUUGUAGCAAACCAGAUAGCUGUGUUCAUUAGUAAAGUGGAAAGAAGUUGUCAUUUUCCUGAAAAUCAUUUGGGAGGGGUCCUAAACAGAGCUCAGGCUGAACUGCACUCUGCUCAAGAGAAGUUUGCUCACUUUGUAAAGGAGGAGAAGCAAAAACUUCACCAAGAACUUCUUGCCAAAAGACGACAAGAAAUGCUACAUAAGAAAGAAGAACAGCAGGCGCAGACGUGUCCUGAGAAAGCUUCCAGAGGCCUUGAAGAUGUCUGCUGUUACGUGGCGCAGUGGCUAAGGAUGCUGGUGGAUCACUCCGCUGAAUUUGAGGAACUCGUUGAAAAACUUGAUAACGAGGUCAAAGAAGAACUCCUCGUGCUCAGAUAUCGUCUGACCAAGAGAGCUAGUGAGGAAAUCAGGCGUAUUCACUAUGGAUCUGUCAUCCAAGAGCUGUUAAACCUCAGCGUGCCAAAACUGUAUCUGAACCAAUCAAUGGAGGAGCAUCAAAGGGAACUGGCAGAGGCCACACAACGGCUCGAAAAAGAAGAUCAGGGCAAAAUAAUGGCAGCUGAAAAAUUGCUUCAGAGUAAGAGAGAAAAAUUGAGCGAAGAACUUCUGAACAGUAUGAGAGAACAGAGGAAAUUAAGGAGCUGCGAACAGUUAGUACUCUCGAAACUUUUAGGUGCUUCUCUUUCUCUGUCUGAAGAGGAAGUUCUGCAAAUAAAGCAAGAGGUCCAUGGCUGCUUUUCUCAGAUGGAUUCCUGUUUGGCUUUACCAAAGAUCCGGGCAAGGGUGUUACUUCAGGUGUACCAGUCCGAAUGGAGAGAAGCAGCCCUGCGAGAGGUAGAUCGGAAGAGGCAUUCCCCCAGCGGGCAGCAAGAGACUGAAGCUGGGAGUAAAACAAGAACCAAAAACAAGAUAGAUGUUCUAAAGAAAUCUCUAGAGACAAAGAUUCACAUCUAUGAAGAAUCUAUUACAGAGCAAUAUGAGAACAAGAUUCUCAGUGAACUACAGCUGGAAAGAGUGCAUCAGCUGCAGGCUCUGGAAAGUAAAAUCGGAGAGCGCAUCACUUCUCUGCAGUUCCAAAGAACUUCAAAAAUACCCGAAACAUUAGAGCUUUACAUGGCUGUUGUACAAUUACGCAGUUUGCUUCUGGAAGAGCUGAGCACAUCAAAAACCCUGACCAACUUCGAUUGUGCUGAGAUCACAGCACGAAGCAACCAUGAAAUGGAGGAGCUGGAAAAAAAGAUGGAGGGUGAGCUGUUGCAUCAAGAGUUAGCUCAGCCACAGCCUUAUCUGAUGAACAGGAGGAGGCAGAAUCCAGAUCAACCGGGCAUUGCAAACAGCCUUGAGGAAUUGCAUUCAGAUGGGCCUGUGCCUGCGCUCCUACAGCAAGCACUGACUAAGGGUGAACAGUUGGUGUGCCUGCACAGACAAAGCUUAAGAGAUGUCCAGAAUAAUCUAGCGGUUCUUGAAAAUUUUCUGGAGACCAUAGAAAUGGAUACCCUUUUGGCAGUAUAUACCAAGGAGCUCAGAUUAGUAUCCCAUUUAACAAAAUUGACUCAGGUGCCUGCGGGGACAUUACGGCGACUCGUGCACUUACUUCUGCCAACACAGCCGCAAAACGAGCUCCUUUCUGUUCUGGGCUUGACUGCCAACAAACAUUCCGAAGCCAUCCCAGAAAGAGAGAGCAGUGGAGAGGAAGCCGGGAACUGUCCGAAGAAGAAGCACCAACAGUCAUGGCGAACCUUAGAAAUGAAAUUGAGACAAGAGGUGAUAAGUGCCAACUUGGGGAGAAUGAAUUCUGUCAUCUGCGAUAACAGUGUGCUGAAACGAAAACAGCUGGCACUUCUGGAAAAAGCAACAUUCUUCCACCCAGAGUGUUUGCCUGAACCCCUUCAUCCUGUGGACGCUGCGGGCGCUGCAGAAAUCAUCAUGCUCUCAGACACGAAUGAGAAGAUCUUUGUUUUCCGAGAUUCUGCGUUUUCCACAGAUACUUCAUCAACAAAAAAGAAGAAAACCAGUUUUCUUAAUUCAAAGAAGUUGGGCCUCAUAAAGACGGAGAAGUGACAUGUGGCAGGAUUAGCCGUUACACUAAGUACAUGGUUGUGCACAUUCCUAUCUGUAUGGUAAUUCGCUGAGGAUGCGCUACGUGGAGACUGUACAUAUAAAGCACUCUCUUUACUGGACUCUCUUACAUUUACCUGCAGCUCAGGGUAUUAUAUUUGUUCUCUUAUGAGAUGGAGACAGCAAGCAUGUUCCUUGACACAAAAUCCUUUAAGAUGUUGGUGCCUGCCUGCCCCUGCCAUGAGAAACAUUCCUUACCUGUGGCUGGACUGCUGCCAUCUCAAAGGGUGAUUUUGCAUUGAAGAGGUGUAGCAUCCCCAGUAGAUCUCGAGAAGAGAUCAGUGUUCCUUUCCCUGAAGUACGAAAUGCAGUUCCGUUCUGAACCACAAAGGGAUCCUCUGCUGAAGGAGGUUGUGGCACGAAAGGUGUUAUGGCCUUCAGUGGCCUUGAAAUGUGCAUAUUCUGCUCCCGUAGACAGGUCCUGCCCCGCAGUCCACUAACAGACACCUGAAUAUUCAGGUUGCCCAAACAAACAUGUCCUCAUUAUUGGCUCACUUAAGAGAGGAGUGAAGUAAGUCAGAUGAACACUAGCACACAAGGUAAGAGAUGCUGCUUUUUCUAUUUAGAUCCUUCUGGCGUUCUGGUUAGGAGCAGUGAGAUUUUUGAUGUCCUUCCUAGACUGUUGUGCACAGUGUAUAUAUAAUGAAAAAUAUCCUGAAUACUUCUAAUAAAGCAUUGAAGUUGGUUGCGUU